CCCUACUGCCCGGGCCCCAAGGCUGCGCAUUUCACUCGGUCUCUGUUGCAUAAACAGAAUAAUCACACGGGUGACCCAACCCUGGAGAUCACAUCUCACGAUCCUCGUUCUCCUCCCACAGGCAGGGAAAGCAGCCCGUAGGCCGGCUCACCCCGUCCCCAAGAGCGGCAGGAAGGGGAGGAGAGAGCCGGCCUGCACGCUGCGCGGGGGGCGGUGCUGCGGCGGGGCACGCACGGCCUUGGCCCCUCAGAGUUCGGCCGCUAGCCAGGUCGUCUGUCUCUGCUCUGCAGCGCGGAAGGUGGGAGGACAUGGCGGGCCAGAUUAUAAAGUGCAAGGCUGCUGUGGCUUGGGAGGCUGGCAAACCUCUUUCUAUAGAGGAAAUCGAAGUUGCACCACCAAAAGCUCAUGAAGUUCGAGUUAAGAUUCUUGCCACUGCUGUUUGCCAUACUGAUGCCUAUACCCUGAGUGGGGCAGAUCCAGAAGGGUGUUUUCCAGUGAUUUUGGGACAUGAAGGCGCUGGAAUUGUGGAGAGUGUUGGCGAAGGAGUAACUAAAUUUCAAGCAGGUGACACUGUCAUUCCGCUUUACGUCCCACAGUGUGGAGAAUGCAAAUUUUGCAAGAAUCCUAAAACAAACCUUUGCCAGAAGAUCAGAGUCACCCAAGGGAAAGGAUUGAUGCCUGAUAGUACAAGCCGAUUUACCUGCAAAGGAAAGCAAAUUUUUCAUUUCAUGGGGACCAGCACAUUUUCCGAAUACACAGUUGUGGCUGAUAUUUCUUUGACUAAAAUUGAUCCUUUAGCACCCCUGGAUAAAGUCUGCCUCCUGGGUUGUGGCAUUUCAACUGGAUAUGGUGCCGCUAUCAACACUGCCAAGGUGGAGCCUGGCUCUACAUGUGCUGUCUUUGGCCUGGGAGGUGUUGGCUUGGCUGUGAUCAUGGGCUGCAAGGUGGCAGGGGCAUCCCGCAUCAUUGGGGUAGACAUCAACAAAGACAAAUUUGCAAAGGCCAAGGAGUUUGGAGUCACCGAAUGUAUUAACCCUCAAGAUUUCAAGAAGCCAAUCCAGGAAGUGCUGGUGGAAAUGACCGAUGGUGGAGUGGACUUUUCUUUUGAGUGUAUCGGUAAUGUUGGUGUCAUGCGAGCAGCCCUGGAAGCCUGCCACAAAGGAUGGGGAGUCAGUGUCAUCGUUGGAGUAGCUGCUUCUGGUCAGGAGAUCGCCACUCGUCCAUUUCAGCUGGUAACAGGCCGUACGUGGAAAGGGACAGCCUUUGGAGGAUGGAAGAGUGUAGAAAGCGUCCCAAAGCUGGUGUCUGAAUACAUGUCAAAGAAGAUCAAAGUUGAUGAAUUUGUGACACACAACCUGCCUUUUGACCAAAUUAAUGAAGCCUUCGAGUUGAUGCACUCAGGAAAGAGCAUUCGAAGUGUGUUGAAGAUGUAAAUCCCAAGUGCAGAAUGCGGAUCAUCUCUGAGUUCCUUAUGCCUCUCUGUAUUAACAGACACGAAGCUAAAGACUGACCGGCACUUCCUCCUGCUGUAGUUUUCUAAUCUCGAAUAAUAGUUUUAUAUGAUUCAUGACGUAUCUGUUGAAUGUCAGUAGGAUCACAGAUCUACUUUCUAAUCUCUACAGAGAUUGCUACUGGUCUAAUUGUAGGUUGAUUCGAGAUAAAAUGAUUUCUACACUGCUAUGGAAAA